AUGGCACCCGAAGCCUCUUCUCAAACGGACAACGCGCCGCCAACAUCACCUAACCCUGCUUUCCCUCCGAAUGCUCAACAUCCUGCCCAGACGUUCGACCAGCAACAACAAUCGCAGCAGCAACAGGCCGGAUUCCAGCAGGAUCCUCGAAGCUAUGGUCCUGCCUUUGCGCCCUACCCACAACAGCAGCAGCAGCAGCCACCUAUUCCACCACAAUGGACCCCUCCUCGAGUCCAAGAGACCAAGGGUUGGAUGAUCACCAAGUUGGCGCUUCACGGUAUCGACAUUGCUACAUGCAUUGUUGGUCUGGCUCUCACGGGUGCUUUGAAGAACGUUGAGACCCUCGGCUUGGUGGCGGUCGGCGCUUGCCCUCUGUUUGUCAUGGCUAUAAUCUGGGAUAUCGCAGAACUCCUCACUCGAUUUGGACGUAAGUGGAAGGCUGGCAUUCAUCCUGGCGCCCACGUCGCUAUUCAUCUGUUCAUCUGGCUCGGUGCCGCUAUCGUUGGUGGUCUGGAGAGCACUUUCAGCGCUUACUACACCUCCUUCGACUACCUUGAUGAGGAUUGCGAAUACAACCGUAAAGAGAGGCGAUAUGUUUGUACGAGCAGCGAAGGCGUUGCCAGCAAGCAAUCGCUUUUUGUCGCACUGUCAGUCUUCACCUGUCUUCUCUGGCUCUGGCAGUUCGUUCUCUUCGUCGGUGCCUGUAUCGAUACACAAAAGCGAAACGCUGCUUUGAGGAAGCCCGUCGUGGUAUGGGGUGGUCCUCCUUACUGGGGACCCGGAACACAGGGUUUCCAGCAGAUGCCUCAGUACUACGCAGCUCCUCAGGGACAGGGCUUUCCCAUGCAGACCUGGACACCACCACAGAACGCUCCUGGAAAUAGCAAGGAGGCAGCGACUACGACUCAACCUCAACCCGCAGCAGAGCGAUAUGCUUAA